AUGAAUGAUGAAAAAGUCCUCAAGAAAGGGGAUAUUGCGCUUCAUUCAGAUAGCUCUGAUUGCUGGAUCAUCGUCAACGGAAAAGUGUGGGAUGUAACAAAUUUCCUCGUCAAUCACCCUGGCGGGGCAGAUGUCAUAUUCUGUCAUGCUGGAAAAGAUGCCUCCUUUGCGUAUAAUCAAGUACACGACCCUAACCUGCUUGGACAAACGCUACCAUCGACAUGUUUGAAAGGAACGGUCAUCGACGGAAUACCAUCUGCAACACCACAAGAUGUCAAUACCGAGCCCCCGAACAUCGACUCAACAGCUGAAAAGGCACUGCCCCCACUCUCAAGUAUUUUAAGCACACAUGAUCUUGAAGCGGUUGCCAAACAACAUCUCUCCAAAAAAGCAUGGGCUUACUAUUCUUCUGCCGCUACAGAUCUCGUCUCUGAACGAGCAAACCAGUCGCUAUGGGACAGGAUUUGGUUCCGUCCACGGGUCCUGAGGAAUGUGAGGAACGCCGUCACAGAGCGAAAGAUUCAUGGAGUCAAGACGUCAGUGCCAUUCUAUGUAGCUCCAGCUGCAAUGGCAAAGCUUGCUCAUGAUGAUGGAGAACUGGCUAUUGCAAGAGCAUGUGCAGGAAAUGGAGUUGUACAGUGUAUCUGUAUAAACGCAUCAUAUCAACUAGAAGACAUCAUCAAUGCAGCGCCGCCUGGAACACCGUUUCUCUUUCAACUGUACGCCAACAAGAACCGCGCGGCAACUGAAGCUAUACUCAAAAGAGUCUGGGCCACCGGGAUACAUGUUUUGUUCUUGACUGUAGACGCACCGGUUCCGGGCAAGAGGGAGGCGGAUGAGAAAGUCAAGACGAGCGCAAUGAUCAAGACACCCAUGACAGGAACACAGAGUGCUAAUGACCAUCGUGGUAGCGGAUUGACCAGAAUAAUGGGUACAUAUAUCGACGACCAGCUGAACUGGGACGAUUUGCAAUGGCUGAGGACUAUCUGGAAAGGAAAGAUAGUGUUGAAGGGGGUUCAGUCCGUAGAAGAUGCUAUGAUGGCUGUAGAAGCUGGCGUGGAUGGUAUCACAUUGAGCAACCACGGUGGAAGAAACCUCGACACUUCCCCUCCGGGCCUCAUGGUUCUUCUCGAGCUCAGGAAAUUCUACCCCGAAGUAUUUGAGAAAAUACAAGUACACCUUGACGGAGGCAUACGACGAGGAACAGACAUUCUCAAAGCAUUAUGCCUAGGUGCUACCAGUGUCUCCCUAGGCCGGCCAUUCCUAUACUCUGUUCUAUACGGAGAACAAGGUGUCCAGCAUCUCAUCCAAAUCCUAAAAGAUGAAUUAGAAACAGCAAUGAGACUGGUCGGGAUUACGGAUUUGUCUCAAGUCAAUUCGAGAUUCGUGAAUACGAAGGAUCUAGACUACCUUGUUAUGGAUUCGAUCGCCAAUGGGGAUGGAUUUGUGCUUAAAUCGAAGAUUUAG